AUGGCGCCUCCGGCCCCGCAAAAGCAGGCGUCCAGGGUGUCCCGGCCUGCGGCGAGAUACCGUCCUGGCAAAGCCCCGCUCGGUGCUGGAGCGUCGCUUGACGACUUCUCGGACUCGGACGCAUCGGAUAGCGGGCAUGACCACAAGGCCGACCACGACGCUGGUCCGAUCGGUGUUACAGACCUUUCCUCCGGGACUACUGCUCUUCUGAAUGCCGCUGGAUAUCAACAACGAAGGACGGCAGGCAUUGUCGUCAACGAGGCAGCUUCAGGCAGUAAGAAGCUCGAUUUGCGGUUGCACGCUGCUUCUUCCCAACAUGCACCUGGCGAGCAGCACGACGACUCGUCCGAGUACGAGACCGAUACAGAUGAGGAGCCACCCAAGCCUGUGUUUCGCAAGCCAGGUGCCCCCGCAUCUGUGCAGCAGCAGACCGCCCCAGCAAGCGACUCGUCAGAGUACGAAACAGAUUCGGAAGAAGAAAGCGACGAGGCUGAACCUGCACCCAAACCGAUGCUCAAGCCCAUAUUUGUUCCCAAACGGGCACGCACAACCAUUUCAUCCUCCUCUACAGACGCUCAACAACAGACCGAAGCAGACGCAGAAGCCAAAGCCGAAGCCGAGGCCGCCGCCCGUCGCAAACAAGCGCACGACCUCGCUGCUGCCACCAUCAAGCGUUCACUCGCCGAAAAGGAGCACGCCGAAACACACAUUACUGACGUCGACGACACGGACGGACUGGAUCCUGAAUCCGAAUUCGAAGCUUGGCGCCAGCGCGAGCUCGCACGUCUCCAGCGCGAUCGCGACGCCCUCCUCGCCAAACGCACCGAGCAGCAGGAGCUUGAGACCUUCCGCUCGCUGCCCGAGGCGGAAAAGGAGCGCCGGGGUCGCGAACGAGCUGCACAGCAACGUGCCGAGAAGAAGGAACAGCGUGGCAACCCGGCUUUCAUGCAGAAGUACUACCACAAGGGAUCCUUCUUUCAGGAUAUGGAUAUUCUCAAGAGGGACUACACGGAGAAGACCACCAAGGACGUCGACGUCAGCAAGCUCCCAAAGAUGAUGCAGGUCCGGAACUACGGUGUCAAAGGAAGGAGCAAGUGGACGCACCUGGCGAAUGAGGAUACGAGCAAGUCGGCGAUGCGGCUGGAUGUGAAUGGUGGGGCGUCGGGUUCCAAGGGGUGUUUCAAGUGUGGUGGUCCACAUGUGAGGAAGGAUUGUCCCGAGGUGGGCGGAGGCGAAGGGGGGAGUGGCGCGAACAGAGCUGAGCUGCCUGAAGGAGGAGGAGAGCGCAGCCGGAAGUGGGGUCAGUCAGCGAACGCAGAGGACCAGGAACAUUCUUCGCACAGACGACGCAGCAGAAGUAGGAGUCCUAGACAUGAUUCGAGCAGAUACGAUCGCGACCGACCAGCCACCCAUUCCCGCAGCUCCCGUCGAUACGACGACGAAUCAUCUCGACGCUCUCACCACGACUCGCGCCCACACACCUCACGAGACGACCGAGACCGUCACAAACCACCCUCCUCGUCUUCCUCGCGCCGACACGAAGAACAUCGAACCCACCGCGACGAUCACCACGACAACGACCGCAGCCAUCGUCACCACCGGGACUUCGACCGCCGCCGCUCCGACGACAGCCGCGACAGGCACAAACGGCGCGACCGCGAUGGGCAGCACCACAGCGAGCGCAGCAGCAAGAGCAGCCGCGACCACGAGUCCGAUCGCAAACGCUCCCGCCUCGACCCAUGA